GCACGCGUCAAAGAAGAACUUUUUGCCAUGCCACGCUAACCAAAUUCGGUGACCGUGACCGAAAGUAUCGAAGCACUCACCGCCUGGACCUUACUCCUCACAGAUCAGAUCGACGAUAUCCCUGCGAGACUAAUCAGUCUGAUAUCUAUUAAGACAGCCAUCCCAUAUAAAUAUUGGAACAUCCCACAAAUCUCAGUAAAUACUUUCCCCUCAGUCACUGAAACCUGGCGAAGAUAUGGCGGCUUCAUUCACCCUCUUCCCUGAGCUCCCUUUCGAACUUCGCCUCAAGAUAUGGCAAUUCUCAGUGCCAGGCCCUCGCAUUCUCGGUGUUGGUCAUGAGAUACAGUACAAAAGCUUCUAUGGGAGGCUUCUUCCCUCAACUAUAGAAUGGAGAACCUCGGACCCAAUUCCCUCCCUCCUUCACGUCUGCCAUGAAUCUCGGAAGGAAGCUCUCAAACUUUAUCAACGAUCCCUUGGAGUUCCUUUGAAACAGGGAAAGAACUACAUCGACUUCGGCAAUGACACCAUUUACUUCGGCGGCCCAGGCAGAGGUUUCUCAGAUCUGGAUGUUCUGCUACAGGCAUCGUUCAACCGGCCCGGCAAUUACCUACUCGAUAUGUUCCUCGGUGCCGACUACGGAGUGAGAGACGCCGAAAAGAUUCAACGGAUGAUUGUCGACAUCGAUGAAGACCGAUACGGGAGAAGGCUGUUCAUUUGGGAUGAGAUCCGUCUGUUCACCAGCCUGCGGGAACUGACUAUUCUUGUCUGGGAGGAGGACUCGGAAGCUGAUCGGCUUAUGGCUUUAUAUCAGCGGACACUCAGCGAGACUGUUAGGAAGCACCCAGAGUGGUCUAUUCCUGAGAUUGUGGUCAUUGCCAUGCACACGAAGAAGGUGUGGGGGAGUGUAAAGGCAUCGACGGUAAGCGAGGAUUAAGAGCGGGGAGCUUUGGCAAUGAUUUGCCAUUUGUAUUUUUGUGUAUCGUUGGUGAAGUAAAUUAGGAUAAAGAGUACGCAGAGUCUUUACUACUUGUCGCGUCAGUAAUCUGCAUCGUUGU